UACCAACCCAGUCGUACUUGACCGUACGACAUCCACUCCUUGAACGAACUUCACUUCACUUCACACUUCAUAUAUACCCCUAUCGCUCGACGCGACCCACCAAAAGUCACCUCCUCAAAAAGCAAAGAUGCAGCUCACCAACCCCCUCCUGCUGCUGGCAGCCCUCUCCACCACCGCCCUCUCCACCACCAAGCUGGAAGGCCACGCCCGCCGCCAAUGGUCCGCCAGCGGUAGUGUGUCUGCCUCGGCCUCCUCCUCUUCCUCUUCCUCCUCUUCCUCCUCCUCCUCCGGAACCUCCACCUCCACCUCCAGCGGCAGCGCCUGGUCCUCCACCCCCAGCAGCGGCGACUACUCGACCUCGGGCUUCGGGUCCAGCACCUCCUCCAGCGGCAGCGGCGACACCUACGAAGGCAACGUCGGCAGCCCCUGGGGCAGCAACAUCAUCGAGGUGUCCGAGUCCGACGCCUCCAGCUACGAGUACGUGAUGCAGAUCGCCGGCCAGAACGAGGACGACUGGACCGUCGUGUUCUGGAACAAGUACGGCCCCGACGGCACCAUGGACGGCUGGUACGGCAACUCCGCCGUCAGCUUCACCCUCUCCGCCGGCGAGACCAAGUACAUCGCCAUCGACGGCGACUCGCAGGGUGGAUUCGGGGCCGCGCAGGGCUCCAGUCUCCCCACCGACUCGAAUGGCGGCUACUCCUGCACCUGGGGCGAGUUCGACUUCGGCUCCACCACCAACUCUGGCUGGUCGGGCUUCGAUGUCUCUGCCAUCCAGGCCCAGAAUGCCGGUGAUACCGUCCAGGGUAUGAAGAUGUGUGAUGUCUUGUCGGGUACUUGCUCGUCCAUCACCACUGGUGCUGCGGACGUCGAUAACGCCUAUACUUCCUCCGAGGCGAGUGAGGGUGGGAUCGGUGGGAAUAUCUCCGGUGGCGCUGUGCGCAUCGCUGUCACUAUUGAUUAUAGUGGUUAA